UAAUCCAUUAGAUCUAAUAAUGAAAAUUACAGUUACAACACUGUCGGACGAUAUAUUUGUUUUAGAUGUAUCCGAAGAUUUGGAACUUGAAAAUUUUAAAGCAUUUUGUGAAGUGGAGUCAGGUUUUCCUGCUCCCGAGAUCGUAAUUGCAUUUAAUGGAAGGCCUUUGAUGGAUGAUAAAAAGUCUCUGAAAGAUCAUGGGAUAAGGGAUGGAGAUGUCGUUAUUUUGCAACACAUGCUGCAUACAUCUUCUUCAACACUUUUACAAGGGGGACCAGAAUUGCCUAAUUUCGACUUCAGCUCCAUCCAAAUACCAGGAUCAUCCUUACCGAGAGCAGCUGCGAAUCACAAUAGCUCCAACAAGGAAUCAGGUAGCAGAAACCCUCCUAUCAGUGUUGCACCUGAAGACGACCCAGGGAUGAUUCGGGACAUGUUUUUAGCAAAUCCUGAUCAACUGGCUUUACUCAAACAAAAUAAUCCACGCUUGGCAGACGCCUUGUUGAGUGGAAACUUAGAUACUUUUGCCAAUGUCCUUCGUGAGCAAGUUGCAGCCCGAGCUGAAAGACAACAGCAACGCUUACGAAUGAUGAAUGCUAGUCCUUUUGAUACUGAGGCUCAAAGACUGAUUGCCGAAGAGAUUCGACAGAAAAACAUAGAAGCUAAUAUGGAAGCAGCGAUGGAAUAUAAUCCAGAGACUUUCGGAACUGUUGUUAUGCUGUAUAUUAAUUGCCACGUAAAUGGAUUCCCAGUGAAAGCAUUUAUUGACUCAGGGGCUCAAACGACAAUUAUGUCUGCAUCUUGUGCAGAAAGGUGUAAUAUAAUGAGAUUAGUUGAUAACAGGUGGGCAGGUAUAGCAAAAGGUGUAGGAAUUCAGAAAAUCAUUGGACGCAUACACAUGGUGCAAAUCCAAAUCGAAAGUGAUUUCUUAACGACAUCAUUUUCAGUUUUGGAAGAGCAGCCUAUGGAUAUGUUGUUAGGACUUGACAUGCUGAAAAGACAUCAGUGUACAAUCGAUCUAAAAAGAAACGUUUUACAAAUCGGAACGACUGGUACAGAAACUCCAUUCUUAGCGGAGUCUGAAUUACCAGACUGCGCAAGGUUGUCUGGAGGUGUCGACGACCAGGAAAUGUUAGAUAAGAGCGCUCGGGAGCACGAGCAAAAACAAUUAGAGACUGCACUUGAACAAAGCCGACAAAGUCACGUCAGGAGUUCCCCGACCAGACACUCAACCAGCCACAGCCGCAGCUCGCCCACCAGGGGCUCCCCCGGGGGCGGCAGUCACAGGAGCGCCCCCAGGAACCUCCAAACCCACGACGGAUUCAGCGAAGCCGACGUUCGCGAAUUGGUCAACUUGGGAUUCACCCGAGAACAGGUAUUACACGAACUGAGACGUUUCAACGGGGACAAAACGCAGGCGACGGCCGCCCUUUUCGCCAAAAGCCUCAAAUUCUGACCGAGGAAACGGAUGAAGACGGAGGACUGAUGAUGAAAUGAUAGUAAUAAAUUUUUUUAUGAGAGGAAUAUGAGUUUGGUUAGUUGGUGGUUUAGUUUUCAGGUGGUAAAGGUAAGGGACUA